AUGGCUUAGAACCAAAUAGUAGGAGCAAUUAAAAUAAAAGACGGAUUAUUUAUUGGAGAUGAAUUUGCAUCAUAGGUUUAGUAUUGAAUUUAUAAAAGGAUCGAGAAUUUAUAAUUACAAAUAAAGUAACACAUAUAAUAAAUUGUGCUGGUACAGAAAUUCAAAAUAAAUGGACAUUAAUGGGUACAAAGUAUUUAACUUUUAAUUGGUUGGAAUAAGAUAACGAAGUAUCUAUUUAUAUUUUUAUUUUUAGGUCUUGUUUGAUGAACGAGGUGAAAAUGUAAAUAAAAUAUUUACAUUCAUUGAAGAAUGUUUUCAAUAAGGUGAGAGUUGUUUGGUACAUUCAGUUAGAGGAUAGAGUAGAGCAUGCUGUGUACUUGCUGCUUAUUUUAUGAAAAAGUUCGUUAAAUUAUUUAAAUUUAUUAGAUAUUCAUGGACAUUGUAUAAAACACUUGAAUAUUUAAAUUCUAGACGUCCUGAUCUUGAAAUUAGAGCAUCUUUUUUUUAUUAACUAAAUGCAUUAGAAAAUAAAAUGAAUAAAUUAGGACCAAAAAGAACUGCAUCAUGGAAUGAACUUACUUCGGACGAAUCAAAUCCUUAAAAUGUUUAAGAAGAAUUAAUCAUUAGAAAUACUUUUUUGAAUUCACAUAAUGGACCUGUUGAUGAAAUUUAUACUAAUUUAUAAGCUAAAUAAGUAUUAAAUAUAAAUCAUUUUUAGGGAGUUCUUGGUAAACUUACAAAUUAAAAGUUAAAAUGGAAAGAUUAAAUAAAUAAAGAAAAUAUUUAAUUAGCUACUCUUGUUUAUACAGGUUCUCCUGAUUUUGUACCUGUUUCUGAAAUCAAUCUAAAACGUGAUUCAGAUACUUCUAUACUAAAAGUAAUAAUCAAAUUUAAUUAGGGAGCAUAAAAAAAUCAAUCCUCAAUCUAAUUACCUAAAUAACCUUAAAUCUAAUCAAGUUUUCCUAAAAGUAAUUAAAAUACAACACAAGUAAGAACUGAAAGUAGCAAAUCAUAACAAUAAGAUUAAACUGAUAUUACAAUCAAUUCUAAUUUAAUUUCUGCUAAUUUAACUAGUAUACCUUCCUUUUAAAAUUUAUUAUUGCACUGUGCAGCUAAAAGUAAAACACCAUUAUAAUAAUAAUAAUAACCACAAUAGCUAUAAUAAUAACCGCAACAAUAAUAAUAAUUAUUAUCCUAACAAUCUAAUAUACCAUAAUUCUAAUAAUAAUAAUAAAUCAUAAUUGAACAAAAUAACAAAAAGCCUUAAUUAUUGAAUAAUUUUAUUAAAACUACUGAGAAUCAAACAGAAUAAUAAUAACAGCAUUUAUUAGGAAAUAUAUUAAAUACUAAUAAUUAAAUUCUGUAGAACACUUGUAAUCAAAUUAGAAGCAAUUCUUUACAAUAAAAUGAAGAAAAAAAGUUAUGUACAGAUAAUCAAAAUAGACCAAGCUCAUUGAAAUAAAAAGAUAACUAGAAUUCUAUUUUAACAAAUUUUUAAGAAUUCAAAAAUUAAGUUUAAUAAUCACUUAAUUAUUUUAAUAAAUAAACUGAGGCACUUUUAAAUUUUGAUAAAUAAUCCUAAUAAUCCUAAACAACAUAAAUUUCAAAUCAAUAAAAUAAUACAAUUUAAUAAAAAAAUAAAUUAGAUUAAUUAAUAAGUCCAACAUUAGUAUAAACAAUGAAUUCUACUAAGCAUUCAGAAAUAUAAAAAACUCUCACCUAAUCCAUUUCUUAAUUAUAAUCUAGUUAUUAAAAAUUUCAACAACUUUAAUAAAAAACUUAAAUAAAACAGUCAUAAUCUCAAUCUUGCAUUUAAAAAUAAAACAUUUAAAAUUCUGAAUUAUCUUAAAUUAAUUAGCCAUCUAUGUUAAAAUAAGUAACUUUAAUAGAUAGAAGUUCUUCUUUAAAUAAAAAUUAAGAAAUAAUAGAUUCAAAGCUCAGGCCUAAUAGUACUGAAAUUAAAGAUUAGCAAAAAUCUAUUGGAAUAUAAAAAAAAGAAAACUUAUCUCCUUUUUCAAAAGAUCAACCAAAAAAAGUAUCACAACAAGGACCUCCUUUACCAUAAUCUAGUUCAUAAAUAUACUUAAGAAAUGUAUAAUGUAGAAGAUAAGCUGCAUCUACUUUGAGAAAUUAAUAAAAACCAAAUAAUUCCUUUUAAGAUAAGUACCUAAAUUAAAGUGCUAAUUAAGCAUAAAACAAUAGUUUUAAUAAUAAUAGCAAUUCUGCUAUUGAAGCUGAUUAAAAAUAACAAACAAAAGGAAUAGUUUCAGAUCUUAAUUAAUUUAAAAAAUUGAUAUCCCCUUAAAAUCCGACUAAAAGUUAAGCUUAAUUUGUUAAAAAUUAGCCAAUAAAAGUCUUGCAAGAAUUAACAGAAAAAACUCAAUCAUAAAAAUAAGUGUAAAAUUUUUAAAAUAUUUUAUAGAAAAGCCAAAGAUAAUAUUUCUUCAACUAGCUUUACAUUAGUUUAAAAACCGUCUUCAGUAAAUACGAGAACUUUUUCGCCUGCUAUUAAAAGUAUUUAAUUUACAUCAAUUCUAGAUGAGCCGAAAAGUAAGACUACAAAUGAUUCUACUUUAAGACAUAAAAUUAGAAAUUCUUCUCCAGGUAAAAAUAUUAAAUUUUCUAAUCUUAGGAAUAGCAAAGGAUUAGGAUUAAUCUAAUUCAUUUUAAAAUAUAUCAUAAACUUUACAAGGAAAAAAUAGUUGGAAAAUGUUUUGAUA